UGAUUUACUAAGACUAAUAUCUUAAAAUAUAAACUUAAAUAAAUGACACAUGAACAUAUACAUGCAACACACACACUAAACACUACUGUUAUUUAAGAAAAAAAUGUUUUCUAUUGACAGGUGUUUGUUGUGUUUUAUGGUUAUGGUAUCGAUUAUUUAACAAGUAAAUUUUUGAAAAAACGUAGGAUUUUCAUAAAUUAGUUAUUGGUGCUGUGUAAAUGUAUUUAUAUGUUAACGAAUCAUGCCGUCAGAAACCUAUACAGUGGAUCAAGAUGCCGGAAAAAGUAAAUUCAACAACAAUAAAAUACAUCAGAAACACGAAUUUGCUGAAGAAAUUGAUUUGCCAUCAAUCAUAAGUGCAUCGAUCCAUUCGGGAUUAUCGAACUCCACGCUGAAUCUGAAUAAUAGAUCCACCGUUAAACCAGAAUGCAAAUCUGUAUCGGAAGUCAAAUUUGGCAUCUUGCGCAUUUUCCGAUACGCAGACAUUUGGGAUAUGAUAUUGAUGAUAAUUGGUACCAUAAUGUCUUUGGCUACAGGAGCUAGUUUACCCAUUCUGGCAAUGAUUUUCGGCAAUAUGACAAAUACGUUUAUCAGACAAACUACAGCGCUAAAUCCCAUCACAGCAACAACAUCGGAUUAUAGCGUCGUUCGUCCGACUCUCUCUAACGAAACAACCACAAAGUUUGAUUCCAUUCCACCUCUCUCUCCUGAAGAAUUUAAUAGCUACAUGACGCAAUUUGCGUUAUACUAUUUAUACAUUGGCAUUGCGGUAUUAAUAUCUGCAUACAUACAGACUUGGUGCUGGGAGAUGGCAUGUGAAAGACAAGUGUAUAGACUUCGUAAUGUGUUUUUCUCGCAGAUUAUAAGACAAGACAUAACUUGGUUCGAUACCAAUCAGAGCAAUGAUCUUACAUCCAAACUAUUCGAUGAUCUAGAACGAGUUCGGGAAGGUAUAAGUAGCAAGUUUAGCAUGCUCACGCAGUACGUAUCUACAUUUAUUUCUGGUCUGCUGGUUGGUUUCUACAUAAGUACCAAACUAACAGGAAUCUUGCUUCUCGUUGGACCUAUAAUUAUAGGAAUUAUGGGUUUUUUGAGCUUGAAUGCAUCCAAAGCUUGUCAUAGAGAACAAAUAAAAUACGCAGAAGCUGGAUCGAUUGCCGAAGAAGUAUUUACUUCCAUUAGAACAGUAGCAGCGUUCGGAUUAGAAAAACAAGGAAUCUCACGGUACGUUGCAGCGUUAGAUAAAGGACGUAACAUUGCCACAAAAAGGUAUAGAGUUUUUUCUAUAGGACUUGGUACCGUAUUCAUGUUGAUGUACAUAGGUUAUGGGAUUGCGUUUUACUACGGAGCUAAUUUGGUUUCAAUCGGUGAAGCUACGCCUGGCACAGUUUUUACCGUUUUCUUUAGCGUGAUGGCAGGAUCAUUUUCUAUUGGUAGUGCUCUACCAUACUUAAAUUCUGUUAGCACAGCCAUCGGGGUGGCAAGAAAUUUGUACGGUAUUAUUGACAGAGUUCCAAAAAUCGAUUCUUAUUCAAAAAAAGGACUAAAACCGAGAAAAGUUAUUGGUAAAAUUGAAGUUCGAAAUGUAGAUUUCAGAUAUCCAUCGAGACCAGCAGUUAAAGUACUAAAUAAUUUAAAUUUUACUAUCAAACCAGGUCAAACAGUUGCAUUAGUGGGUUCAAGUGGUGCUGGUAAAAGUACUAUUGUAGGUCUACUUUUACGAUUCUAUGACCCAGAAGCUGGACAAAUUUAUUUAGAUUCUAUUAAACUAACCGACCUUAAUGUUCAUUGGCUACGAGAUCAAAUCGGGGUUGUAUCUCAAGAACCUAUUCUUUUCGGAGUGUCAAUCGCUGAUAAUAUCCGAUAUGGCCGAGAAGACAUCACACAUGAUGAACUUAUUGAAGCGUCUAUUCAAGCUAAUGCUCAUGAUUUUAUAAAAGAAUUACCAAACGGCUAUAACACAUAUGUUGGCGACAGAGGUUGUCAACUAUCUGGUGGACAAAAGCAACGGAUCUCAAUAGCAAGGGCAUUAGUAAGGGAUCCUAAAAUACUUUUGUUGGAUGAAGCAACGUCAGCUUUAGACUCUCAGAGUGAAGGGAUUGUUCAAGAUGCAUUGGAUCGAGUAAUGAAAGGUAGAACAACCAUAAUCGUAGCUCAUAGACUCUCGACAAUUAAGAAUGCGGAUGUCAUACAUGCAAUGAAGGACGGUAAAAUUUACGAAUCCGGAACACAUACUGAAUUAAUGGAUAAAAAAGGUUUAUAUUAUAAGUUAGUGGUGACCCAAACCAAUAUAUGUAACGAGGAAAAAGAAGAAAAAAAUUUAAGAGAGGAAGAUAAGACUGACGAUUAUGAAAAUAGUGAAGAAAUACUUGAAGAUUGUUUAGAGUGUGAAGAGGAAGAUUUGAAAGAAAUUACUGAUAUUCCCGAGGAGCUGCAGAAGCUUAACAAAAUUAGAAAAAUGAGCAUCAUACAAUUUCAUAAUAAUUGUGUGAAAAAAAAUUCCAAAUAUUGUAUGUGGAAAUUGAUAAAAUUUAACUCGCCGGAAUGGGCAUUUUUGUUGUUCGGUUGUAUCGGUUGUAUCGUCAACGGCGGUUUAGUUCCUAUUUAUGCAUAUUUUUAUGGACAAGUGUUUGAGUCUUUAACACUAAAAGGCGAAGAGUUGAAAAGAGAAGCACGGUUUUGGUCUUUUAUGUUUGUCCUACUUGGAAUAACGGCUGGGUUGACCAUAGUAUGUCAAACGUGGUUACUAACAUUCGCUUCGGAGAAGCUAAUGAUGCGUCUUCGAGCCAUGGCAUUUACCAAUAUACUUAGGCAAUCCGUUGGUUGGUUCGACAAUAAAGACUCGAAUCCAGGGUGUCUGACCACAAAAUUAGCAAGAGAUGCUCCAAUAGUGAAAGCGGCAGGAGGAAUGCGUGCCGGUCAAGUGAUGUCGGCGGUUGUAACGCUCACUAUAGCUAUUUGCAUAGCACUCAUUUUUGGUUGGAAACUGGCUAUAGUGCUCAGCCUCUCUGUCCCAUUGAUAGUAGGUGCUGGAUACCAACAACAAAUGGGUCUUAGAAAAAACCAACGAAGAGACGCAAAAUUUAUGGACGAAGCGGGCAGAAUUGCGACUGAAAGUGUGCAGAACGUGCGUACGGUACAAUCGUUAGGAAAAGAAGAAAAGUUUGUUGAGCUUUAUCAUAAAAGCUUAAAAGUCCCAAACAAAGAAGCAAAAAAACAAGCUUACAUAUAUGCGGCUUUAUUUGCUCUGUCACAAUCGAUUACGUAUAUACUAUAUUCAGUCGCUUUCAAGUAUGGAUCAUAUUUGGUACUUCAUGGGGAAAUGACACCUUCCGCCGUAUAUAGAGUUUUUUUCGCACUGUCAUUUUCCGCUCAUUCCGUCGGUCAUACGAUGGCUUUCUUACAAGAUUAUGCAAAAGCGAAACAUUCUGCCUCCCUAAUAUUCCAACUAAUUGAAAAACCAACGGAAAUUGAUAGUCAAUCGAACGAUGGAGACAAACCGGAAAUAAUAGGCAAAAUAGCUUUUAAAGGCGUUAGUUUUUCAUAUCCAUCUAGGAAAACGAAGAAAGUAUUAAACAACAUGGAUUUCACUGUAGAACCAGGAAAAACAUUAGCAUUAGUCGGUGAAUCAGGUUGUGGAAAAAGUACGGUUAUUUCACUUCUUGAGAGAUUUUAUAAUCCUUCUUUCGGUGUGAUCGAAGUAGAUGGUAUUGACAUCCGGAAAAUAAACAUCAAACAUUUGCGAAAUAACAUUGGCCUAGUUACUCAGGAACCUAUAUUGUUUGACUGUACUAUCAAAGAAAAUAUCAGUUAUGGUGUAUCUAGUAAUGACGUACCAUUUGAUGCAAUAGUUGAAGCUUCGAAAAAAGCAAACGCGCACAACUUCAUAAUGAGUUUACCACAAGGUUACGACACAAUAGCUGGUGACAGAGGUACACAGCUGUCUGGUGGUCAAAAACAAAGAAUUGCUAUAGCUAGAGCAUUAGUAAGAAAUCCUAAGAUACUUUUAUUGGACGAAGCUACUUCAGCAUUGGACACAGAAAGUGAAAAAAUUGUUCAAGAAGCUUUAGAUGAAGCAAGGAAAGGUAGGACAUGUAUUACAAUCGCCCAUAGGUUGUCAACAAUCCAAUCAGCAGAUUACAUUGCUGUUGUUUGGCGAGGGCAAAUCACUGAACUUGGUUCUCACGAAGAAUUACAAAAAUUAAAAGGAUGUUACUAUGAAUUAGUCAAACGACAACAGUUGUAACAAAAAAAAACGUACAAUAUUUAUAAUAUUUAUAAUUUAAAAUUAUUUAUGUAAAAUUGUUCAUAUUUUUAAAUCAUCUCUACAUCAUAUUAUUUAAUUGUAUAUUAUAAUAUAUAAAAAUACAUAAUAUAAUGUUUAUAUUAUAAAAAAAUAUUUAUUAAACAGCAGACUUAAUUAUAUUAUCUAGAUUAACAACAUCUAAUAAUAUAUUUUGAAUUUUGGAAAA